AUCUCUGCAAAGAAGUCAGGAUUUACAUUUAAUGAAGCAGAUGUAUAUUCGAAUGAAAACUUCAAAGCUAUUGCAUGGUUAGAUAAUGACGAUUGCUUUAAGAAAAUAUUUAAAUUCAGUGACUCAAAGAUGUCAAUAGAUGACCUUCGUGGAAUGUUACCAUCGACAUUUACAGUAGAAGGUUCAGCAGGAUUGCUUACAAGAUUGUCAAUUGGCGGUAUUUGGUCUCGUGAGAACAUUGUUAUAAAAUCCAGUAUAAGUGAAUUUGCUGAAGAAUCUAUAUUAUGUCUUUCAAACUACAUGUAUUCGCCGCCGAAGCAUUAUAGUAUAACAAACUUUGUCAGUAAGUUUAACAUAAGACUUGUCGAACCUUCUUCAAUGAAAGAUGUUGUGCUACCUAAAGAUGGAAAGGAUGGACUCAUUAUUGAGAUGAUUUUAAUAGCAUAUUAA